CGUUAUGUCCAUGUAAGAGGUGUGUAACUGCACCUAAGUCAGUCAAAGCUUUAACAGCCUGUACGUUUUUCGGCCAUAAUGCAGUUUUUCUUGCUACCUGGUAUAAUUUUAUCUCUGUUAAUUGGCCAAGUAACUGCUAGCAAAGUCACCUACAAAAAUAUGAAUGUUUCAGAUCCUCACGGGUCCUCGCCUCACGGUCCACAUAUUACUUACCAGUACAUAGACCAAGCCACGUUCACUAAUGGAGGCACCAACAAGCUGGAUGAAAAGAUACAGAAAGUGGACGAGCGUUUAACCAGACUCAUUGCCCUGUUUAUUCUGCAGAAGAAAGUUGGCACCUCAUCGGUCCGUCCCAGUGACGACUUUAAGAAGCAAGGCGAAAGUUUAGAGCGGGUGAACGAUGGAUUAACGAAGGUGCUUGGCUUGUUGCAAAACAUCGCUGGAUCUUCGUCGAGCAUGAAGAAUGACGAAGUUAAGAAACUCAUCAAAGACUCACUGCAGAACAAGGCUGGCAUGCCAUGGAUUCCGUACAAAGAAAAGGUAGCAUCGUCGUGCAAAGAGAUUUAUUCGAAAAACAGGUUUCUGGCAAACGAUGCUUACCUGCUUCAGACGGAAUGUGGUUAUGUCCCCAUUUACUGUCACAUGACCAAAUCUGGCAUGGGUGCAUGCGGAGGAGGUGGAUGGACGCUGGUCAUGAAGAUUGACGGCCAAAAGCGGACUUUUCACUACGACUCAAAAUUCUGGGGCAACAAAGAAAACUACAACUUAGAAGGAGGAAUGACUGGAUUUGACCGACAAGAAACAAAACUGCCCACCUACUGGAACACACCCUUCUCCAAGAUCUGUCUCGGAAUGAAGAUCGGCCUCCAGCCAGUCCGAUUCAGUGUCAUGAACGUCCACGCCAAUUCCCUGCAUUCAUUGAUUGCCAGUGGAGGAUAUCAUAACACUUCGUACGGGCCUGAAAAUUGGAAGACGUUGAUUGGUUCCGAAGCCUCUUUGCAGACAGACUGUUACAGGGAGGGCUUCAAUGUCAUACCCGAUUCUAGCUACUCCAAAGCUAGAAUUGGCAUAGUUGGUGCCCAGGGAAACACCUGCAGGUGGUAUAGGUCAUCUAGAAUAGGCUUUGGUACUGGUGGUCGGCCUGAUGAUAGCAGCUCGUGUGGCAACGAGGAUUCGCGCGGUGGUAAACAUCUAAAAGCAAUGGGGUACAUCUUCGUUCAGUGACAUAAUAAUAUCGAAUUGAAAACGCUUGAGCCUUGUAGCGCUGUGAAAGCUAGUUAAAACCUUUAUAGAAAUAAAAAAAAGAGUUCGGUUAAAAAACUUAUACCAAAAGGGAGAUCACGAGAUGUACCUAAAAUGAUAAGUAAUAUAAACGAUGAAGCAAUGGAUAAACAAGUAAAUAAAACGAUUUAUUUGUGUUGUUUGA